AUGCUCCGAUCCGCCGCCCUUCUCUUGGCCAUAAUCGGCUCCGCAGCCGCUCUCCGCAUCAAAAGCGUCACCCACAGCGGACCGGCCUGUCCCCAGAGCGACAGGCUGACUUGGUCCGGCGGCCUGGACGACCUGACCAUCGCCCUCCCCGACUUCAGCGAGACUCUAGCCACGGGACAGAUGACGAGCUGCCAGGUGCAUCUGCUCAUCGACGAAGGCGAGUCCGGCAAGGCUUUGCUCCUGCAGGAUGCUACGCUCAGCGGGGGUCUUCACCUGAGUUCCAAUACAAAGGUCGACUUCUACACGACAGCGUAUUGGUCUGAGACUGCCUCUGAUACUGUUACCAAGUCUACGAGCACGGCGUCUGGCUCCACGGCUGUCUUCCGGAAUGUGGACGUGGCUCAGCGUGUGAACUCGGCUUCUCCUUGUACUGGUGGCGAUGGCUACGUCGGGAUACUGAACGUGACUUUCCGCAUCAUCUCCCAAGGCGGGGGUUUGGUUGUCUUUGGCAAGGAACGCAAGGAUGGUGCUACUUCUCCCGUCACGGAGUCCCUCGUUUUCAAAUGGCAGAGCUGUUAG